AUGACCAAUGCAAAAGUUAAAGUCAAAAAGUUUUUAGAUAAAUUCAUUCAACCUCAAUAUAAUUACAAAAUCAAUCAAUCUGAUCCAAAUUUUAACCCUUAUGAUGAUAGUUCAAGAUUAAAUUCAUUAAAAAGUUAUGGUCAGAUAUAUAAUCAAAGCGAUUUAGAGGAAAUACCUUCAUUAUCGUAUAGUUCCUUUUCAAAUUUUGCUAAAGGUGAACCAACAAGAACUACUCAAGAUAUGACUUCAAUAAAACCAAGUUCAAUUGUAGAACCUUCAAGUCCUCAUUCUGACUUAAGUUCUGUUGAAGAAGUCAUCAACUAUAAUAGUUAUUUUGAAACUAAUGAACAUAAUGCAUCACCGAAACCAAAUUAUCCGAAUAAUCGUAAAAAUAAUGAUAGAGCACAUAGUGUGAAACGAAAUAUUAUAAAUAAUUCAUUCGCGGAAUUUUUAAAUAAUUUGAGUACUACAUCAUCAAUCAAUUCAAGUUUGAAAAAUACAACAAACAAUAGAGAACUACCUAAUGAUGAUGAUACCAAUUAUGACAAUGACAUACUUGAUAAGAGGUUGGAUUUGAGUGUUGAUGAAGAAGAAGAAGAUUUUUCAUCCGCUAUAAAAGUUGAUAAAUUUAGAUUUUCAACUAGAGGUACAUUAUUAAAUUAUAAACGUGGUAAAUGUCAUCCUAACAGUGGAUCUGAUAGUAGUGGUUCAACUGGUAAAAAUUAUAAAAAUGGUGUUGGACAAUUUUCAAAAAGUUAUAGGAAAAGAAGAACAACAAGACGUAGACUGGAGAAUAUAAAAUUUAAUUCAAGUGAGUUUCAUUUUACUGAAGAAGAAGAGUUUAGUAAAAAUGGCCAUGAUUAUGAUUUAGGUGAUAAUGCCUCGUUGGUAUCAAUAACAACAACUGCCACCGUUGCAACUACAACCACCACUACUACCACAACAACAACUGCAAAUGCCAAUGUUUAUCGAUUUACGAAUAUGACUUCUGCUUUGUCAUCAACUUCAGUAUUUGAAUCAACAAAUACAGCAAUGGGAGCUCCAGGUUCCCCUAUAUUACCACUUGAUGAUUUAUCUUUAACCAAUAAAACUACGACACAUACAAGAAAGACAAGAUCUUAUCAAAGGACGACAACUAAAAAGAAACGAAAACUGACUUCUAAAAUACAACUGUCAUCAUCCAACAAAAGGAAUGGACACAUUAAUAGACGCAACCACAUUUCACCAAAUACUAAAACUAAUCAACCAACUUUUUCAAAACAAGGUACUUCAACACAUGCAUAUAGAGAUAUUGAACGUAUAUUUGUUCAAAAGGAUGGACUGAAUCUAGGACAUGAAGUUGAAUCUGAAUCCACCACAGAAGAUUCUUUGGUUCAACAUCAUCAAGUUGAACUUGGGAUAAAAACACUGAGUUGUGUUAUCAAGGAUUCACCCAUGACUGCAAGUUUUAGUUCACAUGCUUCAAUAAAGGAUAACGAAAGUAAUUUUACUACUGAUCAUGAUCAUUAUGAUCUUAAUUAUUUUUUAAAUCAUUUAAGUUUUGAUAGUGAUGAUAAUCGAAAAAGUAGUCAAUCAGAUCAAGAAGAUGCAAGACUGGAGAACGAGACGAUACAGGAGAUCCCACAUAGCGGAGAUACAAGAAAUGGAUAUUUGACUGAGGUUCAAGAUUCAGCUGCUCUUGCAACCUCCCAUAACGAUGAACAGAAAUGGUUUGUAAAUGUGAAAUAUAAAUUUCACAACUACUAUAGUAAAAAAUUCAAAAAAAUCAAAUUGCAUAAACGUAAUUCAGAAAAUAAUAAACCAACUGAGACUACAAAUAAAGAUACAAAAGUUACUCCAGUGAGUCUACAUUCAAAUGAUGCAACUUCAAAUGAGUCUAGAGAAACAAGAAACUCCGAUGCAACAAUAAAGUUAAACAAUUCAAAAUCUCAAAAAGAAACUGCAAAGACAUUGUUUAAGCAACCUUCUGGUUCACAAAACAUGCAACCCUUGUUUUAUCUGCUUGAAAAUAAACAAUCACUGAAUUUAAAUUUAAUGCAAAAGAGCAAACUGUUGCCAGAUCUUCCAAAAAGUAGUUACAAAGGAACUGAGUUGUAUUAUGAAAAUUAUUUUAAAAAGGAUGAAUUCAAAUUGUCAAAUGGUCAGAAACAUAGUAGAGAGAUUAAAGAGGCAAAAGAAGAGUUGUUGAUUACAGCAGAAAGCACUAAAAUUAAAGGUGAGGAUUUGACUGGAGCGAUAUAUUAUAUUCAAAAUGAACAGAAGGCUGAUGUUAUAAAACAAAUGACAUUUUUAAAUGGAUCACAACAAAAUUUGGUAACCAUGACUAAUCCUUCUUUCAAAAAUUAUCGAUCACAACGACAACCAUUACGCGAUAAUAAAUUUAGUAAAUUACAAACAUUACAAAAUUUGAAACAAAUUAAUAACCAUUCAUUCUAUAAGAAUAGACACAAUGCCAAUGGAUCAAAUUUAAUUUAUCGAAUUAUUGGGAAUGAAUUUGAAAAAGUUGGAAAUUGUCAGCAUGAGUCCCCUACAAUACCAAAAAUAGUGGAGCUGGAAAAACCAUCGAGUUGUAGUGAGAGUCUUCAUGAGUACAGUCCAAAUGAUGGUGAUGAUGAACAAAGUUUCAAUGAAAUUGAAUCAAGAGUCAGCAUAUAA